AACAAAGAAAUAAAUAUCAGUUAGGAUUAUCCAAGAAUAAAUGCUUUAUUUUCUGUUUGCCUGUCUUUCCCUGUGUUUCCCUCGUUAAGUAAACUUAAGCCAAUCCGUUCUGCCCUGAGUAAAGCAAAAAGCAAAGCACAAUCACUCACUUGUUCGUCACGUCCUUGAGAAGAAGAUGAGGGAGAGAGAGACAGAAACCAAAGAUCAAGAAAAGAAAGAUAAACAGCUAUGCAUCCGAUAGGGACUGGUGUAUGCAAAGGAGCUUUUUCGUUGCCAGUAGGAAAAGAAACGCUUUCUUCUCACCUCCACACAAAAUUGACCUCUUUUCUGCAUUUCUCACUCUGCCUUUAAUUCCCUUAACGUCCUCACUGAGACUACUUCACCUUUUUAUUUUUUGAAAACAAAAAAAAAAAAAAAACCAUCGUCUUCAAGGCUUCUUACUAUCAAAAGGCUGGACCUUUAGCCCCAGUUCACUAAUAUUCGAAGAGCUUCGUUUGUAACGCUACAUGUUUUUCUUUGGUUUGUGUUCGGGCUUAAUUUGCUGAGCCGUGCAUCUGUGAAUUUUGGUUUGUUAUUUCCAAGAUCUAUAUUCUUUUCAAUGGUUUAGUGGUCACGAUUUGGAGCUUCAUGGGCGCUUUUCUGUUAUUUUGAUUCUGCAAUUUUUAUGGAGUGUUUUGGCAUUGCAUUGAACUUUAGAAUAAAUAGAGCUAUUUUUUAGUGAGUACUUAAAAUUGGCUUGUAAGUUGAUUUGAAGGCACAUUCAAGUAUAGGUUAUUCGAGGUAAAUGCAUGGAUCGAAGGGAUGCUAUGGCAUUGUCGGGGUCUGCAUCUUACUAUAUGCAACAAAGAGGAAUAACUGGGUCAGGGUCUGGAACACAGUCUGGGAUACAUGGAUCACCAGGCAUUCAUCAAUUAUCUAGUCCAAAUGUACAAUACCAUUCAAGUAUUAGUGCCACUACUAUGGGAUCAACCUUACCUAUAGAUUCUUCAUCAGGAAUUACCCUUCAUAGUGUCAAUGUAAGCACACCUUCAGCACUGCCACCUAGUGAGACAGUGAAACGGAAAAGAGGAAGGCCUCGAAAGUAUGGAUCUGAUGGAACGGUUUCAUUAGCACUGACUCCUGCAUCGGCUACUCAUCCUGGGACAAUAACACCAAGCCAAAAAAGGGGAAGAGGGCGUCCACCGGGUACUGGAAGGAAGCAACAAUUAGCUUCCCUUGGUGAAUGGCUGUCUGGCUCAGCUGGGAUGGGUUUUACACCACACGUCAUCACCAUUGCAAUAGGAGAAGACAUUGCAACAAAAAUAAUGUCAUUUUCACAGCAAGGGCCAAGAGCUGUAUGUAUUUUGUCUGCCAAUGGGGCUGUCUCUACUGUAACUCUUCGUCAGCCAUCAUCCUCGGGUGGCACUGUUACAUAUGAGGGGCGAUUUGAGAUAUUAUGUCUGUCAGGCUCUUACCUGCUGACCAGCAAUAGUGGCUCUCGCAAUCUAACUGGUGGUCUUAGUGUUUCCCUGGCCAGUCCUGAUGGCUGUGUCAUUGGUGGAGGUGUUGGAGGGAUGCUUAUUGCAGCAAGCCCUGUUCAGGUGAUUGUGGGAAGUUUUCUGUGGGGUGGUCCCAAGACGAAGAACAAGAAAGGGGGAGGUCAAGAAGGUCUAAAAGACUCCGAUAAUCAGAGUGUUGACAAUCUAGUAGCUCCAUUGGGCAUCUCUCCAAUUCAAAAUCUGACUCCAACUUCGCCAGCAGGUGUUUGGCCUGGUUCACGAUCAAUGGAUUUGCGUAAUACCCAUGUUGACAUUGAUCUAAUGCGCGGAUGACUCUUUCCUCAAAUAGUCUCAUGAGCAAUGUAUAUAGUUUGCUGUUGAAGGCCCACCUGAUUGUAAUUUGAAAGUCCCAUGGACAAAAUGGAGGCGAGCCUGAUUUUGGCUUCAUGAUUCUCACUUCUUUUACCCAUGACAAUAGACAAUGGGAUUUGUUCUGAUAUUUGUAGCUUGAUGACAGUUAGUUCAAAAUUUUAGCACUAACGAUUUCUACCGAUCCUAGAGUUAUCAAUGG